AUGCGUGCCGAAAAAGUGAGGUGGCUGGUGGGUUCAUUGAAAAAAAUGUGCUGCGGAAUAGCGAGGCAGCCAACAGUGGGUGUCGAGCAGUGUGAGCGAAAGUAUGAGGUGCGUCAUGGCGCUGCUGCGCCACUCUCUAUGCAAGGAGAGGCAAAAACAAUAGCGUCUAACAACACCGGGAAUGAGCGCGGAGCCGUGCCGCCGACGUCACCUUUCUGUCUCGAUGUGCUUGUGAGCAGUGCUGGGGACUCACAUGCAUUUGGUAUAGCGCGGAACACCUUCUCCUCGGGCUUUCACGAUCCUUGGGACGCCACACGAGAGCCUGUGGUCUCGUUGAGCUGA